UUUGCCCGUCCUACUGUUUGCACUCAGUGAAAGGGCUGCUACACGUUUGGGCAAAAAAAAUAUACGUUCAAUUUUCUUUAUGCCAAAAUGAAACAAAAUUCCAAUGUCCCCGCGUUCCUCACUAAACUUUGGACUCUAGUCGAGGAUUCUGACACAAAUGAGUUCAUCUGCUGGAGCCAGGAGGGCAACAGUUUCCUGGUGUUGGACGAACAGCGAUUUGCCAAGGAAAUACUGCCCAAGUUUUUCAAGCACAAUAACAUGGCCAGUUUCGUCAGGCAGCUGAACAUGUAUGGAUUCCGCAAAGUGAUGCACAUUGACACGGGCAUAGUGAAGCAGGAGCGAGAUGGGCCGGUGGAAUUCCAGCAUCCGUUUUUCAAGCACGGGCAAGAUGAUCUGCUCGAAAACAUCAAGAGAAAGGUGUCCUCAGCCAGGCCGGAGGAGAAUAAGCUGCGACAGGAAGACCUGUCAAAGAUCCUGCUGAGUGUCCAGAACAUUCACGGCAAGCAGGAGAAUAUAGACUCCAGACUGGCCACACUGAAGCGAGAAAAUGAAGCUUUGUGGAGAGAGAUAUCAGACCUGAGACAGAAGCACACUAAUCAGCAGCAGGUUAUAAAGAAGCUCAUUCAGUUCAUAAUUACACUUGUUCAAAACAACCGUGUUCUGAGUCUGAAACGCAAAAGGCCUCUGCUGAUGAACAGCAACGGAAAGAAGCCCAAAUUCAUCCAUCAAAUCUUUGACGAACCUGUGGAGCACAGCAAAGGGUCCGUCAAUGGCAUCAACGGUUUAAAGAACAGUUCCGACAUUUCUGAUGAUGUCAUCAUCUGUGACGUGACAGACGAGGAUACCGAGAUCACAGAGGAAACUUCCCAAGCUUUGGAUCAAACGGAUGUGGAGAUUGUGGAGGUACAUGGAGUGAGUGACGCAGAGGCAGCAGAAGGAACAGUGGAUCUCCUGAGGACGGGCAGCGAAGAGCCCCCAAAAAGCACCACCGAUGCCCCCCUGACCAGCAGUGCCCUGCAGCUCAACAAAUCCCCUGCCCUGAGCCUUGAGGAUCCUGUCAAAAUGAUGGACUCGAUCCUGAGUGAAAAUGGAGCCAUCUCGCAGAACAUUAACCUUCUCGGAAAGGUUGAGCUGAUGGACUACCUGGAUAGUAUUGACUGCAGCCUGGAGGACUUUCAGGCAAUGCUGUAUGGGAAACAUUUCAUCGAUCCAGAGGUCGUAGAGGAGACUGAUGACUUGAAAGAAAACACCGAGCAGCCAACCAAAGCAGACAAGUGUGAGGCCAGUAACACAGAUAAACAGCUGAUCCAGUACACCACCUGCCCCCUGCUGGCCUUCCUGGACGGCUGCACCCCGCUGGCGCCGGAAUCGGAGGCAGCGAGCAGCGGGCUGAGCGAGGCGCUGCUGGAGCGGCCCGCCAGCGACUCCACCAGCCUCCUGGAGCCCAGUCUGGAGCCAGUGGAACCGCCUCCCAGCACUCUGAUUGGCCUGGAGCCAGAGGAGGAGGAGCCACCGCGCAGCACCCUCAUCCGUCUGGAGCCGCUGACAGAGGCCGAGGCCAGCGAGGCCACCCUCUUUUACCUGUGUGAACUGAACCCCGAAACUCCCAGCACCGAGACCACACCCCUGGAGCUUUAAAGGGAAAAGAGGGCCUAUGGAGUAGGAGGAGGAGGAGGAGGAUAAAAGGAAUGAACCUUUGUAUAUAUUCAUCAAAAUGAUGAUCUAUUUAUUUGCCAGUAUCUUUUGGUACAUUUCUGUCCAGAGUUCAAGACUACAACAUUCCUCACCUUUCAGCAGAUGUUGAAUUUCAACCAUAAAUUUCAACUUUUGUUUUUAUUUCAGCCGUAUCCACUGAGAGCAGUAGGUCUCCCACCUUGAGCUGACGUGGUUGUGAUGAUGUGCCCAGUUCACAUUGCAGCAUUUCACUGUUGAAUGGUUGAAAAGAAAUGCUAUUUUAUAGCCUCUGUGUUUCGUUUUCAAACGAUUACAGCUAUCUUUACUGUAUAAAGAUAUAGAAGUGCCUGUAUCUUAUCUUCCUGUCUUUGUUAAAAAAAAAAACAAAAAAAAAAAACCCGUGUUCUGAAUUUCCAGUAGUCCAACCUGUAUCAGUAGUACAGAAACACGCAGAAACAUGUGAUUUGCUUAUCCUGUCAGCUUUU